UGGCGUGCACGGAUAUCCAAUUCAUUCCACCUGCACAAGCUGCUCCCUUCAUUCUCAUUUGAAAAUUCAUCAAUUCAUUUUGGCAAAGAUUUCCACGUUCUUCAAUUUUCGAGUAGUUCGGAAUGGAUUCGAAGUUUGCCUCAGCCAAGAAAGAGGUUCUAGUUGAAAUGGUGAAGUUAGCUCAAAAGCGACAGUUGAAAGGAAGUAAAGGAGGGUGGAAAGAUUUUUUGGGAUCAUAUGACAAGUUUGGGACUAGCUUGAAUGAUCCAUCGAAGAGGUCCACUGAUGUACUGCUUGCUUUCUUGAAGACAUUUAGCCAAGAGGAUGACUUAAAGGUGUUUCAAUGUCAUUCGAAUCGUGAUUCUGUUGAGCAGCUCCGGAAAAGUUCCCUACACAGUGAAUCCGCCAAACAGAGAUUGGUUUAUUUAACUUUUGAGCACCAUCAAUAUCCCGCAGAUUACUCAUUUCCAUCACAUGAAGAGGGGUGGUUUGUCACUGGAAGGAGUGAAAAGUCUAAUUUCAUUCACUCAAAGGCAAUGGUUGCAGUUGAUUGCGAAAUGGUUCUUUGCCAAGAUCAUACUGAAGCUUUAGUCAGAAUCUGUGCAGUGGACCGUAAUUUAGAGGUUAAACUCGAUGAAUUUGUGAAUCCUGACAAACCAAUUGCAGAUUACAGAACUGAGAUUACUGGAAUAACUGCUGAAGAUUUAGAUGGAGUUACUUGCUCAUUGGUUGAUGUACAGAUGUCCAUGAAGAAGCUAUUAUCACAUGGAACAAUAUUGAUCGGCCACAGUUUACACCAUGACCUUUGUGCUUUGAAGCUAGAUCAUGCUAGAGUGAUUGAUACAUCAUAUGUCUUCAAAUAUCGGGAUCAGCCUUCGUAUAGAAGGCCUUCUUUAAAUAGCCUGUCUAAGGUGCAACAGUCCGAGAUGGCAAAGCUGCUUGUCCAUAGGAUACCAGUGGCUGUUUCUAGCCAAGAUCUGCACAAAUUUAUUCCUGGAGACUACACCGUAGAAAUUAAGGCUAAUAAAAAAGUGCAAGCAGACAAGUAUUCUGCCUUUGCCAAUUUCAAAAAUCAGCAAGAGGCAAAUGAGGCAUUUGAUAAGCUUGAAGGCAACCUAGAGAAGGACACUGGCGGACGAUUUCAGAAGCUCGUUUCGUUUCAUCUUGAUUCCAGUAUAUCAGGAGUUCUGUGUGUUGUUAAGAUGACUGCCAAUAAUUAUUCCAAAGAGUUUCCUGUCCCAAUGAAGAGGUUAUUAGAAGACGACAAGGGCGUGGGAGAGCCAAAGAAACUCUGGACAGAAAAUCAUUGUACAGAGUUGAAGGACGCUACUAGUGCAGGUUGUAAUCAUUGUAAAACUCACUUGAAGGAGAUUGAGGGACUGAAGAAAGAACUAAGCCGAAGAGACGAAAAGAUCUCCAACUUGAACAAACUCAUUGUUAACCUUGAGAAAACAAGGAUUGAAAAGGUUAGAGAUUAGGAAAUUGUUAAUAUGGCAAGAACAUGUUCCUUGUAUAUAUGGUAAAGGCUUACAAUCCCGAUAAUUUUGUAAAUAUAAACGGGAGUUAUCGGGAAUUACUUUCCUUUCUUUUUUAAGAUUAGUUGCAUCCUUUCCUUUUUGGAAUUACUUGUAAGCACUAUAUAAACCCGACAUGUUUGAGGGAAUAAUCAAGCAAUUCAUACCUGA